CAGAGAAGACUCGGGGGCCAUUUUGUGAAGAGGCGAAGACUGAGCGAUUGCGACCGCGUUGCCGACCUCGAGCAGCAAUCGGCUUCUCCACGUAGAACCCAGGGGUAGGAGAUUCAGAAUCGAAUCUCUUCUCCCUUCCCCCUCCUGGUUACAAAUCACUUGAAAUAAAUAAGUUAGUGGAACUUGCUUGAGGGCAGCAAGGCGAACCCCAUCCCUACUCACUGGAGCUCAGCUUUGAUUUUUAACCUCUCUUCCCCACCCUUCCAGAACACACACAUUCCCAUUCCAAAAUUGAUUUUAUAAAGACAUUUUAAACAUAAUGAUGCAACUUGGUGUGCACUACGGCAAAUUUACAGGUGUUUUUUUUUUUUCAAUUGUUUCCAAAAACGGGACUUGGAUUUAAGAUGUAAUUUUUAAAUUUCUAUUUCUAUUUUUUCUGCAGCAAUUGGGUUAGAGGAGGAGGAGCCUUUUAGCCUCUCAUAAACUGACCUCUCUACUUCCUCGUGUAUUUUUAAGAUUGAUUGAUGAUGUGGAAAGGGCUUUGCUUGUCUGCUACUGAGAACUUUACCCUUGCGGUUUUUGUGGAAACUGCUUUUGGAAAGAGAAAAGAAAUGAACUUUACUGACUUGACAUUUUUGCACCUCCCGUUUUUCUAAUCUGGGCUAUUUUUAUUUUUGUUUUUUUACAGUGAGAUUUUUUUGAUCUUCAGCUACAAAAGCCAUCCCCCUCCUGUUUCCCUUGAAAUCCCAUCCUGCUUGUCCUGUACACUACCCGUCACAAACCACAAGCUGCAGCAACACGGAUGCCCAGCCUGGAGCAGCAGCAGCCAGGAUGACCUGGAGCCAGGGGGGCCUUCGGAACAGAUGCACACCCUUCCUGGGUGAUGUUUUUCAGCUUUGUGAGGCACCGUAUCAUCAAAGACAAUGGCCAGCAAUGUUACCAACAAGACGGAUCCUCGCUCCAUGAACUCUCGUGUAUUCAUUGGGAAUCUCAAUACCCUUGUGGUCAAGAAAUCUGACGUGGAGGCAAUCUUCUCAAAAUACGGCAAAAUCGUGGGUUGCUCUGUUCAUAAGGGCUUUGCCUUCGUUCAGUAUGUUAAUGAGAGAAAUGCCCGGGCUGCUGUGGCAGGAGAGGAUGGCAGAAUGAUUGCUGGCCAGGUUUUAGAUAUUAAUCUGGCUGCAGAGCCAAAAGUGAACCGAGGAAAAGCAGGUGUGAAGCGAUCUGCAGCGGAGAUGUACGGGUCAGUACCAGAACACCCUUCUCCGUCCCCUCUACUCAGCUCAUCUUUUGACUUGGACUAUGACUUUCAACGGGAUUAUUACGACAGAAUGUACAGUUACCCAGCACGUGUUCCUCCUCCUCCUCCUAUUGCUCGGGCUGUAGUGCCCUCAAAACGCCAGCGUGUAUCAGGAAACACCUCACGAAGGGGCAAAAGUGGCUUCAAUUCUAAAAGUGGACAGCGGGGAUCUUCUUCUAAGUCCGGAAAGUUGAAAGGAGAUGACCUUCAGACCAUUAAGAAGGAGUUAACCCAGAUAAAACAAAAAGUGGAUUCUUUACUGGAAAGCCUGGAAAAAAUUGAAAAGGAGCAGAGCAAACAAGGAGUAGAGAUGAAGAAUGAUAAGUCAGAAGAGGAGCAGAGCAGCAGCUCCCUGAAGAAAGAUGAGACUAAUGUGAAGAUGGAGUCUGAGGGGGGUGCAGAUGACUCUGCUGAGGAGGGGGACCUACUGGAUGAUGAUGAUAAUGAAGAUCGGGGGGAUGACCAGCUGGAGUUGAUCAAGGAUGAUGAAAAAGAGGCUGAGGAAGGAGAGGAUGACAGAGACAGCGCCAAUGGCGAGGAUGACUCUUAAGCACAUAGCGGGGUUUAGAAAUCUUGUCCCAUUAUUUCUUUACCUAGGCGCUUGUCUAAGAUCAAAAUUUUCACCAGAUCCUCUCCCCUAGUAUCUUCAGCACAUGCUCACUGUUCUCCCCAUCCUUGUCCUUCCCAUGUUCAUUAAUUCAUAUUGCCCUGCGCCUAGUCCCAUUUUCACUUCCUUUGACCCUCCUAGUAGUUACGUUAAGUCUUACCCUGUAAUUUUUGCUUUUAAUUUUGAUACCUCUUUAUGACUUAACAAUAAAAAGGAUGUAUGGUUUUUA